AGAUAGUUGCUAUGCUUUCCAAAGGAAUUAUUUCAACUUUUUAGCUGGAGAUAGAAAAUAUAUAAUGGGCAACACCACCGGAGCAAGCGUGGAGGAGAUGCAAGAAUGUGAAAGCCACCAGUGGUACAGGAAAUUCAUGACAGAGUGCCCAUCGGGACUUCUUACCUACUACGAAUUUAAGCAGUUUUUUGGCCUGAAGAAUUUGUCAGCGUCUUCGAAUGAAUACGUCUAUACAAUGUUUAGAACUUUUGAUAUGAACGAUGAUGGUUACAUAGAUUUUAUGGAGUAUGUAGCGGCUCUGAGUCUGGUGUUGAAGGCCAAUGUGCAGCAGAAGUUGAGAUGGUACUUUAAGCUCUACGACAUCGACGGGAGUGGCUGCAUCGACCGAGACGAGCUUCUCCUUAUUAUUAAGUCUAUUCGUGCGAUCAGUGGAGUAUCUCAUGACAUUUCUGCAGAGGACUUUACCAACAUGAUGUUUGACAAGAUUGACAUCAAUGGAGAUGGUGAACUGUCAUAUGAGGAGUUCAUGGAAGGAAUUCAACAGGACGAGGAGCUUCUGAAGAUGCUCACAGAGAGUUUGGACCUGUCCCACAUCCUGCAUAAAAUCCAUGGAGAGCUCAUGGACCAAGACAGACGCUAG